ACUUGUAUACCUAAGUAUGUGAUCAUAUCAACCAGUAUCAAACAAAUUUUUAAUUCAACAGCAAGGAAGUACGCAAAAUUUUAAGUUCUACUCUAAAGAAAAUGAUCAAUAGACUUAAAAUCACCACGUUGACCAUAUUUCUUGUUGUCAAUACAUUAUCACCAACAUGCUGCAAGGAUUUAUUUUCAGCCACUCUUGGACACAUUAAACCUAAAGCCACCCCCGAAACACAAGCAGCCGCCGCUCAAGAUGUAAUUUCCAGAAUUAUCCCCGAAUUAGCGUCUUCUUUCUCCGUAGUUGUAGACCCGGAUUUAGGCGAAACCGACGUGUUUCAGUUACAAAAACAAGAUAACCUAAUUCAAAUAACUGCCACCACCGGUGUAGCCGCCGCAGCUGGUUUUAACUACUACUUAAAGUACUACUGCAACUGCCACGUCUCAUGGGAAGCCUCUCAAUUGAAUCUACCAGAAGAUCUACCAGACGUGGAUAUCACAGUACCGUUUAACGACAGAUUCCGGUACUACCAGAAUACCUGCACAACUAGUUAUAGUUUUGUGUGGUGGGACUGGACUCAGUGGGAAAAGCACAUAGACUGGAUGGUCCUAAACGGAUUCAACCUAGUUUUGGCUUUUAAUGGUCAAGAAGCCAUCUGGGAACGCGUCUAUCGACGUUUUAAUCUGACUCAGGAAGAAAUAGAUGGACAUUUUUCUGGUCCUGCGUUCCUGUCGUGGCUGAGAAUGGGAAACAUGCGGGGAUGGGGCGGUCCUCUAUCCCCUGCGUGGCACUCUAGGUCGAUAGCUCUACAGAAGCAAAUUUUGGAAAGAAUGAGAAGUUUGGGGAUGAUUCCAGUUCUUCCGGCUUUCGCUGGACAUCUUCCAAGAGCUUUCAAAAGGUUGUACCCUGAUGCAAAUAUGGACAUGAUGGGGGCGUGGGUAGGGUUUGAUGACGCUUAUUGUUGUCCCUAUUUCUUGGACCCGACUGAAACCCUUUUUAACGAAAUUGGAAGAGCAUUUAUGGAUGAACAAAUAAAAGAAUUUGGAACCGACCACGUAUACAACUGCGACAGUUUCAACGAAAAUAGACCUACGUCCGAAGAUGUAACAUAUCUGUCAAAUGUGGGCAAAUCAAUCUACCAAGCAAUGACUGAUAGUGACGCUGAUGCCAUUUGGAUCUUGCAAAAUUGGCUCUUCGUUAACUCUCCGAGUUUUUGGACGGUGGAAAGGGCUCAAGCUUUAUUAACUUCCGUUCCUAUUGGAAAAAUGAUAGUUCUAGAUCUACAGUCAGAAUUUUCCCCGAAAUACGACGACUUAGACCAGUAUUUUGGCCAACCAUACAUCUGGUGUAUGUUACAUGACUUUGGUGGCACCUUAGGGAUGUUUGGUUCGUCUUCAGUUAUCAAUGAAGCGCCACACACUGCACGCAACGAAGAAAAUAGUACCAUGAUAGGAACGGGUCUCACGCCGGAAGGAAUUAAUCAAAAUUACGUUAUUUAUGAGUUAAUGACGGAAGCUGCUUGGAGAACCUCUCCAGACAAUUUAACAGAGUGGUUUGAAAAUUACGCGACGAGAAGAUACGGCUUUGCAGACGACAACGCAAAAGAAGCGUGGAGAAUUCUUCAAAGGACCAUCUACGAAUUCAAAAAUAGGAAUUAUGGACAAUAUGUCAUCAUUAACUCCCCUAGUUUUUCUCUAUCAACGGGAACUUGGUACAACACUAGCGACCUAUUGGACUCCUGGACUUAUCUUUUGGCAGCAGCUGAUAAUUUAGCAAAUAGUGCGGGAUAUUUGCAUGAUUUGGUCGAUGUCACGCGUCAGGUCUUCCAAGUUUAUGGUGAUGCGUUCUAUAAUGGACUGUACACGUCAUUCAACGGAGGCGACCUACAUUCUUUUGAUUAUUACGGUACGACAAUUCUUGACAUGUUUGCUGAUUUGGAAUUCAUUUUGGUGACCAAUGAAGCUUUUUUGCUGGGACCUUGGGUUCAGUCAGCUAUGAAUGCAGCUGCUGACGUUGAUGAAGAAAGACAGUUUCAACAAAAUGCCAGAAACCAGAUUACCUUGUGGGGGCCUAGGGGGGAGAUUCUGGAUUAUGCUGCCAAGCAAUGGGCGGGGGUUAUUUCAAAGUAUUUUGCCCCCAGAUGGAAAUUAUUCGUAGAAUAUGCCAACGAAACUUUAACCAGUGGCGGCUCAUUUGAUCAGUCUUACAUAAGCGGCAAAAUUUUUGACGAGGUUGAGCUCCCAUUUACCUACGACGAAUCAGUGUUGCCGGUUGUACCAAUAGGAGACACAAUAGAGACUGCAAAAGCUCUAUAUGACAAGUGGAUGCCAACACUAAAAACCAUGGAAAGUCUAAUCAACAUGAAGAAGUAAUUGACGUUGUAGGACCUCUAUCUAUCUCUACCUAGUUUGAAAUACAUGUACAACACAAUAA